AUGUCUUCAGUCCGCCCUCUGUUCGUGGUCGCUGGUAUCGGCAAUGGCACCGGCACAGGAGCUGCAACCGCUCGUCUCUUCGCCAAAUCCGGCUACAGAGUCGCUCUCAUCUCCCGAGGACCAGAGCACCUCAAUAAGCUUGCUGCAGAGCUGAACCAAGCAGGUGGAGAGGUGGCUGCAACAUUCCCCCUCAAAGACUACACCCCUGCAUCCAUCAAGUCCGCAUUUGCUUCCCUCAAGUCCCACUGGCCCUCCUCCCCUCUCCGCGUCGCACUCUUCAAUGCGGGCUACGGUAUCUGGAAGCCAUUCCUUGAUAUCACUGAAGACGAGGUCCGCGAGUCGAUCGAUACUAACAUCGUGGCGGCCUUUGCCUUUGCACGCGCGGUCCUUCUCGAGUUCACAAAACUUGAACUGGAGACCGCGAGCGAGGGUGGAGCCGCUGGCGAUGCUCGCAAAAGGGGAACCCUCAUUUUCACGGGCGCAACGGCUGCUAUCAGAGGCAACACCCUGACCUCCGCGUUUGCUGCGAGCAAGUUCGGUAUUAGGGCUUUGUCCCAGAGCUUAGCCAAGGAGUUCGGCAAGCAGAAUAUACACGUCGCUCAUAGUAUCAUUGACGGCAAUAUUCUCACUGACCGCUCCAAAUCUCAUCGCAACGAUGCCUCUUGGGAGGCCAACCAAGAUGCUCGGCUUGAUCCCGACGCUAUCGCAAAGUCCUACUUGCACCUCGUCAAGCAAGAUAGUUCAGCGUGGACUUGGGAAAUCGACCUGCGUCCUGCCCACGAAAAGUGGUGA